AUGCCUUCAGACAAAAUCGACAAGAAGCGCAAGCGGCACUCAGACCGCCACGAGCGUCCCAGCAAAAAACCUGCUCUCGAACUGCAGGAUCUGCCUCCGCUAUCCGCCAGUUUGGUCGAGGACAAUAGCGAGUUGGCUCCUGUCAUUGUGACAACCCCCGGCGUCAACCAACCCCGAAACAUCAACCUCCAACCGUACCUCAAACCGCGCGCAAACACUUCUUCCACCUCUUCCUCCACGCGCAACAAGGGAAUCGUCUCGUCUGAGAUUCUGCUACACUCGUCUGAGCACCCCAAGUUGGACUUUGUGGGACGGGAAGCGAAUGAUGAUGCGGACUCGCAGUUAAAGCAUUACAUUGCGGUGAUUGACCCGGAGAAGAAGACAUGGCAGUUCGUCGAGGCGCGCAAGGUUAUCCUGCGGGGUGCUGUGAGGAAGAUGGAGCCUCUCGAGGAUGAGGAAAGCAGCGAGGAUGAAGAGAUGCACACAAUGCGCGCCCAAAAAACCGCCCUCACCCACGCCUUCGGUACAAAACAAUCCAAAAAAGUCGUACAGUCCAUGGCCGAAAAUGCCCAACUCUCCAAUGCCCCCGCCGGCGCUGCCAACGCCGCCGAAAACGCUCUCCUCUCGUCCAUGCCUGCCGACUCUGCUACGGACAUGGCCUCCAAGACUGCUGCCGUGCAGGCGCAGGUGCAGGCCGCGAAGCCUCUUCCUCAGGCGAACCUGGCUGCUACGCAUCCCGCGGAUGUGUAUCCAGUGGACGUGCUGAUUCCCAAUGGCUCCUCAACGCUGCGGCAAUUGCCUGGUAUCAAGGAGUGGACGGAAACAGUGGGCUCCGGGCUCGCAGUUACAACGACCUCGCGAUACGUAUCGCGGCGCGUCGAGGCAGUUGUCAAAUCGGGAAACACUACACAAAUCCAAAUCCUCCGCUUCAUCCUCCUCCUCCUCGAAUUCGCGCGCUCCCUCCGCCCCGGCGGCCGCGACGCAGGACCCGGAAGCAAACGCCUCCCACCCCGCGACGACCUCCGUCGCGUCCUCUCCUCCUCCACGGGCUCCAUCUCUGCAAAGAACACCCCGCAGCCCGCACCUACAUCUACAGAGAACACCCUCCCCGACCCCGUCAUCGACGCGAUCCGCCGCCGCUUCGUCCCACAGGGCUCGCACCUCUCCAAAAACGACAUCACCCUCCUGCACACCACCGUCUGCGCUUUGUCGCUGCACAUUCCCCCUCAACCAGCCAAAGACGGCGGCUCCAGCGCGCAGGGCGGGAACUCGGCCAACGAACUCGCUACAGAUCCCUCGGAUCUGCGUGAUGAUCUUAGACUGGAUAAUACGAUUAUCACGCAGUAUUUCCGCGAGCUGGGAUGUCGGGUUGACAAGCCGCGCGAGACGGAGUUUGCCAAGUGGGGGAUUAAGGGUGGGAAGGCUGAGGCUGCUGCGAGACGUGUGGCUAGGUUGAAGGUUCCCGUGGAGUUUCCGAAGGUUAGUCGCGGUGGGAGGAAGUAA